GAUUGUCUUCUUACCUCUCACACAUCAGAAAAUGUCUGCUGAAUUCUCUACUCCUGUCAAUUUGCACGGUAAUGCCGGCUCUCAAAACGACUCCAAACAAGCCUCAUACAGUGUCAAGGCUGGCCUUGCUCAAAUGUUGAAGGGCGGUGUUAUCAUGGACGUUAUCAACGCUGAACAAGCUAUCAUUGCUGAGGAAGCCGGUGCUUGCGCCGUCAUGGCUCUUGAGCGUGUCCCCGCUGAUAUCCGCAAGAACGGUGGCGUUGCCCGUAUGUCUGACCCUAAGAUGAUCAAGGAAAUCAUUGAAGCUGUCACUAUCCCCGUCAUGGCCAAGGUCCGCAUUGGUCACUUUGUCGAGGCCCAGAUCAUCGAAUCCAUUGGCGUUGAUUACAUUGACGAGUCUGAGGUUCUUACCCCCGCUGAUGAAGCCAACCACAUCAACAAGCACAACUUCAAGGUCCCUUACGUUUGCGGUGCCAAGAACCUCGGUGAGGCUCUCCGCCGUAUCAGCGAAGGUGCUGCUUUCAUCCGUACCAAGGGUGAGGCUGGUACUGGUAACGUUGUUGAGGCUGUCCGUCACAUCCGUACCGUCAACGCCGAGAUCCGUCGUGCUGCCAGCAUGUCUGAUGAGGAACUUUAUGCUUAUGCUAAGGAUCUCCAGGCUCCUUACAACCUCCUCAAGGAAACCGCCAAGUUGGGCCGUCUUCCCGUUGUUAACUUCGCUGCUGGUGGUGUUGCCACCCCCGCCGAUGCUGCUCUCAUGAUGCAAUUGGGCUGUGAUGGUGUCUUCGUUGGUUCUGGUAUCUUCAAGUCUGGCGAUCCCGCCAAGCGCGCAAAGGCUAUCGUCCAAGCCGUCACUCACUUCAAUGACGCCAAGGUCCUCGCUGAGGUCUCUGAGGAUUUGGGUGAGGCUAUGGUUGGUAUCAACCUUGAUGAGCUUACUGAAGACCAAAAGAUGGCCAAGCGUGGUUGGUAAACUAGCUGUGGAUGCAUUCUCCAUAUAUUUAAAUCCACCCUCCCAUCAAGGAAUGCUCUUGUAUUCAACUUUUUUUGUAUCAUUCAGAGACUAGACCAAAAAACCAUCCAUUCGUAUACAUUUUUUUUUUCUAUU